GGUGUUUGGGACGGGUUUAAAAGACUGUUAAACGAUCUGCUGUCACUAUGCAUCUAGGAAGCCUGUGUGUGAGCUGCACUCAUGGAGAAAAGCAGUUGUUGUUCUUACCUGGACAUCUUUUCUUUGCUGUCUCCACUCAUUUUCAUUUUUGAUGUGGUGGGGGACCUGUGGACCAUAGUGUCCCUCUAUGAAGAAGAGAAAUACAUCCCCAUGGGAUUGAUGAUAUUUAUUCUGCUCGCCUCCUCGGUUCUCCUGCAGAUCUUCAGCUGGCUUUGGUACACUGAUCACCCUGAGGCCAGAGUAGAGCGUUUCAUCAUGGAGCACAAGUUACUCCCCGUGGUGCACAUCUUGCAGCUUGGAGUCUUCCUCAGAAUUUUAGAUGUGGUGGAUGUCUCAAUCCACAACUUGAAACACAAGACGAAGGUCACCCUGGACUCGAUCGAUGACUUCAGCAUGCUGAAGAUGUUCGAGAUGUUCACCGAAAGUGUUCCACAGAUCGUCCUGAUGACGGUUCUCAUUAUGCAGACGCCAGAGCUGCACCUCUUCACAGGUCAGACAAAAAUAAAUCAAUCAAUUAAGAAGCUGCCUUACACUCUCUCAGUCCAGACAUUUUACAGAGUUAAUAAAACAUUGUUUGUCUUUUCAGUUGUUAAAAUCAUCGCCUCUCUUAGCUGCAUGGCGUUGUCCAUGUUGUCCUUCCAUCGCAAUAUGCGUGAGCGUGUCUCCAAGGAGCUUAAGAUAGGAUGCUUUUCUUUACCUACUGUCCUCUACUUCCUGUGGAACCUGUUCCUGAUUGGCCCACGUGUGGUGUGUGUGUCCCUCUUCGCCUCCGUCCUGCCCUGCUACAUCGCCGCACACUUCCUGUCCCUGUGGAUGCUGCUGGUCCUCUGGGCCUGGUGGCAGAAGACGGACUACAUGGACACUAACGCUGGAGAAUGGCUGUACCGGGCCACCGUAGCCCUCAUCUGGUACUUCAGCUGGUUUAAUGUAGCAAAAGACAGUCCGAAACUCAGAGGAAUCAUCUACCACAUGGUCAUAGGGGUGGACACGAUGCUCCUGUUAGGAUUAUGGUGGUGGAGGAGAUCUGUGGAAUCAGCUCGUCUUGGUCCACUACUUAUUAAUCCCUACCUACUUAUUGCUAUGUUAAUCAUCAUCUACAUUAUAGGAGUCCUACUGAAACUGGUUUAUUACUGGAAGUUUAAUCCAGAUCAAGGUUUACCGUUAGACAAGAAAACAGAGAAGUUAUUAGUUUUCCUAAAAGACAUCGAACUCCCACAUCAUAUUGAGAUACGUGAAGAAGUGAUAAAUUCUGAAGGUAUGAGAGUAGUCACUGAGAUAUCUAAAUUCACAACUGUACCUGAAUAUGACAGAAGUCUAGUUCUGCCCCAAAGUACUGGUGUCCAAGAGAGAAGAAGAAAAAUGGUUGAUAAUUUCUAUUGCAACGAGUCUAGAACUAGACCUAUACCAGACAUUUAGGGUGUGUUAGACCUUUUGGUUUUUCCUUGUCUUAUUUUCCCCCAUCCCAAAGAUUACCCUUCUUUUGUGCUCCUACAGAUCGUGUACAUCAUAAACAGCAAUCGCAAUAAAACACAAACUCAAGGUGAACCAGUCAAAAUAGUAUAUAAAAAAAAUAAUCCCACUAAAAGUGCUAUUACAGUUAUCAGAAAACGUUUUUUUUUUUUUUUUUUCUUAUUGUAUCCUAACCUCUCUACAAGCUGGCUGCUUUUCUGGACUGACAGACUUUUUUUUAAAAAUAUCUUCACAAAUCCAUAAUUAUUUUUGGGAGGAAAAAUCUUUUUGGGAAGCAAGGCUCAACUGGAGUUUAUGAACAUGCUUACACACAAGAACCGAGAACAUGUUGUUAAUGUAUAACUUCGCAUAUCUCCUAGCGUCACGUGUCACGGAAAAUUUUACAGUGUGUGCUCGAUGUUUUCUUUCUUUCUUUGUUUGUUUAAAGCAAACAGUCCCGAUUUAACACUUUCUACGCAGCCUCUAUAUAUAUAUCCGUGGAAGCAAAUUUGUGCCGGGCCCGAAAGAAGAAGAAGAAAAAAGAUUGCAUGAUGAAAUGUUGAAUUAUUAUCUCGAAAACUCCGUGUAAGACUUUUGCAUGGUGUUGUUUUAUACCCGUCUGUCUAGUUUACUUACGACUGUUGGUGGUGCUGUUGCGUUUGGUUCCACAAACAUCCAAAAACCUGAUGUGGGUGCCAAAAAAAAUGAAACCUUAUCGUGACGUUUGAAAGAGAGCUGAACGUGUCCCUCUGUGUCGGAUUCAUGGAUAGAACGCGCCUCGAAGCAAGACGAAAUCAGCCGUUCGUUAUGCAGCAGGUCAACACACACAUGAUGCCCUGAGUGCCGGAGUCUCAUGUCGGCGACGUGCUCGAUCACGACACAAUCAGCUCAGACCACGGGGACACUCGUGAGACAAGAUGAGACGUCAGCUGAUCCUGCUAAACAGAGUCUCACACUGAAAACUCCACUUCCUGUUGUGAAGAUAAUAUCUGUCUUGAGAUCACUUCCUCUGAUUGGUGAACCCGAGCCUCAUGGUUCAGUUACAUUUUCCCUUUUGCAGAAGAUUAGGGAGAAGAAUCAAAAUCGAUCUCCUUAUUUCUCUUAAAAAAGUCACCUUAUUUAGAUUUCAUUUCGCCUGUUGUAAGCGGUGUCAAAGGUCUGCAGAGCUGUAGAGCAAAAUCAGGCCUUAGUCUACUGCUCCAAAAAGAGGUCAAUUAAGCACCUGCCUUUUUCCUUAUAGUCAGGGGAGGGUCAUAGAUAACACAGUUAUGAGACUGGAACCUUUGGUAAGAGAUGGCCUCCUCUCCAUGAGUCUCACCAAAUUGCCCAAGCCUAAUCAACUGAUGCAACUGACACGACUCAGGAGAAUCCAUUUACAAAACCCAAGACAGAAUCCAAAAUCUGAGCCAAAGCAAGGGCAAGGGUCAAACACAGAAACUCAGGAAGAGACCACAUGGAGGUCACAUCCCAGAUAGCAGACCAACACUGAAUCAACACUGAAUCAACACUGAAUCAAUGUUGCAUCAACCAAACUAUCAUUGAAUCAACGAUGGUGUUGAUCUUGAUGCAACCCUCCCAUUUUAUCCGGGCUUGGGAUCGGCAUUGGGUACCCACCCAAGAACUGAACCCAAACCAUGGCAGUGAGAGCAUAGGAGCCUUAGCCACUGGACCACCAAAGAACCCACUGAGGUCAGGUGAUAUGCGUUGUGUUGAAUGAGGGGACGAUUAGAUUGACAUUAAAUCUAAGCCCCGCCAGUGGGGAAAUGAAGCUGACCAAAUCUCUUUGUCUUUUCAACACUGAAAAGCAAUGACUUAUCAACAACGAUUCGAUAUUAUUUAGCACUGAAUAUCCAACCUCAACCAAAAUGAUGAUUCUGAUGGAAUUUCAACAUUGAAUCACUUUGCUAUUCAUUCUGCUGCUCCCAUCAUGAGUUCCAUCAUCAAUAAAGAUUAGUGAGAAUGUUCCAGAAGCAGCCAUGCAAGCCCCAGCCAUGACACGACCUCCACCAUGUUUCAUUUAAAUUCAUACAUUUAAAUAUAUAUAUCCUGAAUUGACAUAUUUCUGUAAAGCUGAAUUGGGACAAUGCCCAUUGUUAAAAACGCUAUACAAAUAAAAUUGACCUGAAUUGCAUUGAA